CAGUCCUUAGCUUCCCCGGGACAGGAAAUCUUCGAAACCGAGCUGCCACUGCCGCCUCUCCGUCAGCCCCCCGUUCCGCGCCUGCCACAUCCCCCACCCCUUCUCCUGGCAUCUUUCAUUGGGGCGCGGCAGGAGUUCCGCACCUGGUGCCGUCUGCCCCUCCCGGGGUAGAGCUGUGACGCCCCCUCGCAGGAGCGGCAGAGCGGGGUGGGGGUGGGGGCCCGGGAGAAGAUGGCGACGCCGGGAAGCGAACCCCAAUCUUACGUCCCUGCCCUCUCGGUGUCUGCUCUGCACCCACAUCACCACCCCCUCCACCACCACCACCAUCAGCACCACGGAGGAACCGGAGCCAACGGCGGGGUUGGAGGAGGCAGCGGCGGCAGCGGCGGGGGCUUCAACCUGCCCUUGAACCGGGGGCUGGAACGCGCUCUGGAGGAAGCAGCCAACUCGGGGGGGUUGAACCUCAGCGCCAGGAAACUGAAGGAAUUUCCCAGGACCGCGGCCCCCGGGCACGACCUCUCGGACACGGUGCAGGCAGAUUUAUCUAAAAACAGACUGGUUGAAGUUCCAAUGGAAUUGUGCCACUUUGUAUCACUGGAAAUUCUUAAUCUGUAUCAUAAUUGUAUCAGAGUCAUUCCUGAGGCCAUCGUUAAUCUGCAGAUGCUGACUUACUUAAACUUGAGUCGAAAUCAGCUGUCCGCCCUGCCCGCCUGCCUGUGUGGUCUGCCUCUCAAAGUCUUAAUCGCAAGUAACAACAAACUUGGAUCACUGCCAGAAGAGAUCGGUCAGCUCAAACAGUUAAUGGAGUUGGAUGUCAGCUGCAACGAGAUCACAGCCUUGCCCCAGCAGAUCGGUCAGUUGAAAUCUUUACGAGAACUAAAUGUCAGAAGAAAUUACCUUAAAGUUUUACCUCAAGAACUAGUAGAUCUUCCCUUGGUAAAGUUUGACUUUUCCUGCAAUAAAGUGCUCGUGAUUCCCAUUUGUUUUAGAGAGAUGAAGCAGCUGCAAGUAUUACUACUUGAAAAUAACCCUUUGCAGUCUCCUCCAGCACAGAUUUGCACAAAGGGCAAAGUGCACAUAUUCAAGUAUCUGAGUAUCCAAGCGUGCCAGAUGAAAGCAGCUGAUUCCCUCUACCUCCACACAAUGGAGAGGCCACAGUUGCACCAGCAUGUGGAAGACAGCAAGAAGGAUUCUGAUUCAGGCGUUGGAAGUGAUAAUGGAGAUAAGCGAUUAUCUGCCACAGAGCCUUCUGAUGAAGACACUGUCAGCCUCAGUGUCCCAAUGUCAGAUAUCAUGGAAGAAGAGCAGAUCAUCAAGGAGGACUCGUGCCAUCACCUUAGUCCAGUGAAAGGGGAGUUUCCCCAGGAGCUUCCAUCGCAGCCCUCCCUUGUGACCGACAGCGACAACUCAGGAGAAGAAAGAGACCGAUUUACCCACAGACCAGAUGUUCUCCACUCGGAAUUUAUAAACUAUAUUAAGGAUAGAGCAGAGGACUGUGAGGAACUGUUACGGAUAGAAGAGGACACACACUGGCAAUCCGAGGGAAUAACACAUUCAUCCAAAGACCAGGACCUGCCUAUAGUGAUGAUUGAACAGCUGAGAGAAGCGGUAGGGUUGCUGCAAGACCCCAACAGAUUAAGCACUGAUAUCACAGAGAGAAGUGGGGUACACUUUCAUCCUAAGGAAUCAGCAGAAGCCAUGGAAUUACAAGAUUCUGCACUCAAUGGUCGAACGCAGCUGGAGACGUCUCUGGUGUGUGAGGUGCAAAAUGAUCUAAUAUCACAGAGUAAUGAGAGCGAGUAUUCUCCAAAUGAGAUUAGAGAAAACUCCCCUGCAGUCUCUCCUACCACCAGCAGUACAGCUCCGUUUGGCCUGAAGCCUCGCUCAGACCCAGCCCUCACUCUUCCUCCUAUCUCCUUCAACACACUUACACAGGCACAAACAUGGGACAGCUCUAGCUACAGUGUUCCAUCUGAAGGAGACAGUGACAAUGUGUUUGUAAGACCUCAGAGAAAUUUGGAGUCUAUAGACCCACAGUUUACAAUUCGGAGGAAAAUGGAACAAAUGAGAGAAGAAAAAGAGCUGGUGGAACAACUCCGUGAGAGCAUCGAGAUGAGACUCAAGGUCAGCCUGCACGAGGACCUGGGGGCUGCACUCAUGGACGGUGUCGUCCUCUGCCAUCUGGUCAAUCACAUCCGCCCUCGCUCUGUCGCAAGCAUUCACGUCCCCUCGCCAGCCGUUCCCAAGCUUAGCAUGGCCAAAUGCAGAAGAAAUGUGGAAAACUUUUUGGAAGCAUGCCGAAAAUUAGGAGUACCAGAGGAAAAACUAUGUCUACCCCAUCACAUCCUUGAGGAGAAAGGCCUGGUCAAAGUGGGCAUCACUGUUCAAGCGUUGCUAGACGUGACUGUAACGAAGGCUCUGUUCACAUGAACUCCUGUCCUGUGGUUGGGCCCAAACCCUUCACCCGUCAGAGAUCCUGAACUCUGCUCCAGUGCCCCCCACCCCACCCCACGCCUGUGUCCAUGAGUCUAGUUGCAUUUAAGGGAGGACCUAAGAGAAGAUUUUCUACCUUUCAGAACUGACCUCGGACAUUAGGAUGUGACAGGUAUUUCUAGAAGCCAGUGAGGGAGUUGGUUACGAAGAAUGAGCAGCACAUCAUGCCUUUGACCGCCUGCACCCGCCACGCCCACCCACGGCCUUUGCCAGGCUCAGCUGCUCUGCAGCAGAGGCCUAUCCUUCUCUGAAGCCAAACUUGUGUGUUUAGUGGGGGGCGGGGGGGCUCAGUCAAGUUUUUCACCACCAAAUUUUUCAAGAAGUUUCUUGAGACCAUUGCCUUUUAAAAAGCUAUUUUCGACAUACAAAAUAUUUAUAUAAGUAUUAUUUAUUAGUGAGUUGUUAUUCAUCC